GCCAGCUCGCCCCGCCAUGUGCGCCAGCCGCUCAGUCCUACAUCCCGCCGACAUAUAGACAGGCCACGAGCCUACAAGACUUCGGAUGGCAGCCAACGGCAAUCAGUCGGCCCGGGAGGAUACUUCGAACCCCGAACUCGACGUCAAGAAGCUCCACGCGCUUCCUACCGAACAGCAAGACCUCUACCUCCUGACUUUCACGUCUGACCUUGCGCGCCAUGUCGACUCCCUCGAUGCCGACGGCGCCUCGGCGCAUCAGAUCUACAUAAAGAAAGAGCUGUUACAGGUCAUCAAUCUAGCCUCCCCCGCGCCCACGCGCGUUAUCCGAAACAACUUGGGACGAGCAUUCGCCGGCAUCUUUGGCAAGGGCGACCGCAAGCUUCUAUUCGAAUCCAUCAAUGAGUGCAACAGCAUCCUCAAUGGCGCGGGUAAGAGCGAGAAGGAUGUCAGGGCGAAGCACGCAGCCGCGCAUUGCUUGGGCAGCAUAUUCGAGGCUGCGGGAGACAGCGCUCAGAACCUUGCGCCUGUCGCCAUAAUGUCUCUGCUGCGUCUUGUCAAGUUUGCGCAGAACUACGCUGGGCUACGAGCGACCAUUUUCAAGGCCGUGGGCAGAAUAUUCAAGGGCAUUGCUCCCUCAGCAGAGGAGAACGUCGCAAGAGAUGCAUGGAAGCAGGCCCGAAAUGCUGCUUCUGGAGACAAGUCGCUGCUUGUGCAGUCAAGCGCGUGCUUCUGUCUCGAGCAGCUGGUCAAAUACACCACUCUUUUCGACAAUGCGACCGAUUUCGACAAGUUGCAAGCAGCAGCGUGGAAGGCUAUCGACAGCAGCUCAGCUACGCUCCGACAUGCCGCGGCAUCAGCUGUCGCAGCCGCACUGGUGAAGAACUACUCUGAGACUGCGACUGUUGAGGAUCCUAUCCCGGGCAUCACACGAGUGGGCACGGGCGCUACGAAGAAAAAGAACAAGAGGAUGUCCACGAUUGAUGGCGGUGACGAUGAUGUCGUGGAGCGUCCAGACUCUCCUGCACCCAAGAAAUCGGCCGCGAAGAUCACGUUCACCAUCUCAGCCAUCCUGAAGCUUCUCUCCACACAAUACUGCCGAACAUCGACGAGUUAUCGGGCGAGGGCUGGCAUCGCUGUCUGUUACAUGAAGAUGCUGCGCGGUCUAGGAGAGCAGAUUGUUGAGUCCAAGUACAACGAGAUUGCACGAAGUCUUUUCACCGACAUUCUGGGCAAUCACGUCAUUACACAGAAUCGGUACCGCACGCUCAGCGCUCGAAAGUACGUGGCCGUCAUCUUAGAGACUGUCCUUGCGCGCGAAAUGCUCGGCGAAUCCGGACAGCUUAAUGCCGCGAGAUUUCUCGUCAAUGAGGUUCUGAAGGACUACCCGCAAGCCCUGAAGGAGCGACCUGAGCCUUCGAAACAGACCCUCAUCGGAGCACUCAGCACUCUGUCAGCUCUCUUCGACAGCUUGCGAUCUGCUUCCAACGUCAUCGCCGAUUUGUCCCGGGACGCACUUAUUCAGAUCCUGCAGCACCCUAGCUACAGCGUGCAAGUGCAUGCAUCAUCUUGCCUACGGUCUUUCGUCCUUGCGUGUCCACUCCAACUUCUGCCAUCAGUCACAAUUUGUAUGAACAGCGUAAAUCGGGAGCUUAGUCUGCUUGGUACCGGGCGUCAGUCACCCCGGAAGUGUGUCGGUCUUGCAAACGGUCUCUCAGCGGUGCUGAGUACCUCAACUUCGCAGCCGUUGCAUGGAUCUGUGGAUGUGAACUCUCGAGUUUUGUCGCAAGCCACGACACUGCUAAAGUCAGCUGGCAACUCAGAUGUAAGAGUUUCAGCCACCCAGGUACAAGUUGCGUGGAUCCUGAUCGGUGGACUGAUGACCCUUGGGCCGAACUUCGUCAAGAUCCAUCUAUCACAGCUGCUCUUGCUAUGGAAGAACGCCUUACCGAAGCCUCUCAACAAAGACAACAUGGUGCAAAGAAAUGUUUUCGAGCUCAGCUACCUGUCUCAUGUACGAGAAUGUGCUUUGGGCUCAAUCUCGACAUUUCUCGAGUUCAACAGUAGGCUUCUCACCCUGGAUGUCACCAAGCGACUGGCUGCGAUGCUCCAGAACACAACUAUGUUUUUGAAUACGCUACCAGUCAAGAAGACCACCGACGACAUCUCGCAACGUUUGUCUCCUGCACUGCAGCUGCACGAUUUCGAUUUGAUGGUUCGGAGGAGGGUGCUGCAGUGCUACACCAAGCUUGUAGAUCUCACACCAGCAAGCAGUAAUGAGGUGUUGCUGCAGACCAACCUGCUUUCAUUUGCUGUCGCGAAUUUCGCUGACCCGGACAACUACACCACUAGCUCUUUCAGUACGGCCAUCGCAAGUGCUGCAGGCUCGUUCGAGAGCAUCUGGGAAGUAGCUGAUAAUCACGGCUUUGGAGUUACUGGUCUUGUUCGAGGCUUCGAUAUCAAGGCCUUACCUGGAGAGCACGACAGCAGUACUAGUCAUCACUGGUUGGUGAGGCAUGGCUCAGAAGCUAUCGUCGAUCGCACCCUACUCUCGCCGAUAUGUGGCGCCCGCGAGCACGAUUCGAUAUCACUCUAUAAUCCUUCUCGCGACCCGACCGAGCUUCCGGAUCCCCCAGCCACCGAGGUUGUGAACUCAGCUCUGCAACUCUUCGCAAUAUGCUUACCUUUGCAAACACCAAAAAUCCAGGAGAGUAUCUUGGAGCAGAUCACGUCUUUCCUGUCGGCAGGCAGCCUCCAACGCGACAUCAACAGGAAGACUGCCAUGAUGGUGAACAUCGCUUACGGUCUUUUGUCUGCGCUUAAGGUAGCUGUAAAGGAGACGCGCUCCGCAUCAGGAAGUCUGAAGGGAGUAGCGGUUGAGAAGGUUAUGCAGGAGCUUCUGCAUGUCUUUAUCAUCUUACCCGAUCCAUUUGUACGCAGGCUCGCUGGCGAGGCUCUAGGCCGCCUCUGCAACAGCUCGGGGAAUGCUCUGACCGGCACCGAGGUCAACUACCUAGUCGAUCAGAUUGUCACCAACCGUGAGCCGUUUGCUCGAUCAGGGUAUGCCUACGCAUUAGGCUGCAUCUUGUCCCAACUCGGUGGCAUGGCUGCCAGCUACCACCUCAAGAACAUUCUCGGGAUCCUUAUGUCUCUGGGCAACGAUCCCCACCCUAUCGUUCACUUUUCGGCUAUCGACAGUCUCUCCCGUGUUGCAGACAGUGCGGGCCUGUCUUUCUCCAGUCAUGUCACCGGAACUCUUGGUAUGCUGGCACAACUGUACGCAGCAGACUCUCAUAACGAGGAAGCGGCAUCGCUAGCCUCGUCAAACAUCGAGAUCGACCUGCCAACCCCAGCAGCAAUCGCCCGAUGCAUAGACAGCACCAUCAAUGUUCUUGGGCCGGAUCUUCAGGAGAUGGCUAAAGCACGAGACAUGAUCAUGACGCUGAUCAGCCUGUUUGAGCAAGAGCCAGAUGAGCUGGUUCGUAUUGAGGCGCUUCGAUGCCAAGAACACGUUUCUCUGUACGCACCUGGUCAAAUGAGAUUUACGGCCUACGUGAAGCAUCUGCAAUCGUCGUUGGAUAAUCCUUCCACCCAGAUUCGCGAUAUGGCUAUUGACGGCCUGCACAACCUGAUGAGACGCAAUACUGAGGAGAUCAUCCGUGUAGGCGAUCCUGGCCUGGAGGAUGCAUUGUGGCAUGUGCUUGACAGACAGCCUGAUCAUGAGGUUGUUCGAAACAUUCUGCGCAACUGGCUCCACCAGACUGGUCUGAUCGAUACUGCGGCGUGGGUCCAGCGGUGCCACUCAGUGCUCACAAAAACUAAGAAGGUCGAGACCCAGGAAGUGAUCGAGACCAAACCCAAAGCCGGCGCAACGGACUUGCAGGACGAGGAAGUCGCCGGCUUUGCUGCAGCCGCAAACGCACCUGGCGCAGAAGUUGGCCAGGGUGGGCAGACGAGUCAGGAACUACUCAAGUGGCAAGUACGAACCAUCGGCAUGGAUCUCUUGAGCGAGCUGGUCGCUAUGGUGAGCAAGGAAGCUGCCUUUCGUGAGGAAUCGCCUUGUGUACUCGCCCUGCAGCACAGAGUCGCAGAUGUCGUGCGCAUCGCCUUUUCAGCGUCGACUGCUGGUGUGGUCCAGCUUCGUAUUCGCGGUCUGAAGAUCAUCGAUCAAGUAUUGAAGCUCUUUGGCAAGACCCCAGAUCCCGACUUCGCAGAAGCUACUCUAUUGGAACAGUACCAAGCACAGAUCGGCUCGGCACUCACCCCAGCCUUUGCGGCAGAUUCAUCGCCUGAGCUUGCAGCAGAAGCGAUCAACGUAUGCGCAACAUUCAUCGCCACAGGUAUCGUCACAGAUGUAGAUCGUAUGGGUCGUAUUCUCAAGCUUCUCAUCGCGGCGCUCGAGAACUUUUCAAGCGAAAACGAGGCUGCUGCGAUCGGAGACCUGCGUGGUCUGAGCUCGAAUGCAGCAGUCAUGGUGAAGAUGUCUGUGUACUCGGCGUGGGCAGAACUUCAGAUUGCGAGCACCGAGCAGACAUACCUGGUCGAUGUCUUGAGACCGCAUAUUGCAAGACUGACUCCUUUGUGGCUUGCAUCGCUACGAGAGUACGCUCGCCUCCGCUUCGAGCCAGACAUCUCGUCUUCAAUGGGUUCUGCUUCACUUUCGGGCAGUCUCGACACCGUCUAUGCUGCGCUGAAUCGCGAGACCCUGCUGAAGUUCUACCAAGAAUCUUGGCUUAAUCUGGUAGAUGCCAUUGCCAGCCUGAUCGACGAAGACAGCGAGUUUGUUUUUGAUGCUCUUGAUGGCAAGACAGAGUUCUCAGAACCGCAAAUGCCGACUAAAGCAGACCAUAUCAACUACCGAGACGAGCCAGUGGCUUUCUUCUUCGUCCUGUUCGGGCUCGCUUUUGAGGCUCUAGCUGGACGUCCAGGUGAUUUACAAGCCUCCAAGGAGCAGAUUCUAGAGAUUCUGCAAGCUCUCAAGAAGAUCUUGCGGCCUUCAGUUUCAGGACAAGCCAUCUAUCAGGAAGUCAUCUUCUCUGAGACAAUGGACAUGCUGGAUCGCUUAGUGCUCACUGAGGGUCUGGCCGUACAAAGGGUCAUUGUGGAGAUCGCGCGAAACCUGUGUCUCGGUCACCCAUCUGCGCGGAGAGAUCGAGGAUCACCCGGCGACGAUCACCUCUCAGAAGACAUCGAUCAGUUGUUUGAACUUACGAAGAUCAUAGUACUGGUACUCUCUGGUCUGGUCCCUGGUCUCGAAGACAGCACUUCGAAGGCUCGUCAUGAGCUGAACGAGGAAGCCGUAGCCCUCUUGACGACCGCGUUAUCUGCGCUGGUCGACGCCGCUCAAGUAUUCCCAUCGAUCAUCAAGGCCGACUUGCAUGCCUGUAUACUCCAUAUCUUCGCCACCAUCUUCGGUACAGGAGCUUGCCAGGCGACAGUGGUGCCGCAGUCACUGCCCAUUUUCAAGCGCUUCGUAACGAGCUUGACCCGCGACGCCGAAGCCACGAGCGACACCAGCAAGCAACUGCGCGCAACACUGACACGCUUCCUGACCAUCAUGAGGCAUGCACAACAGCGAGAGUUCGACGCUGCACUCGCCUGCGAAAAGAACAUCAUCCUCGCAACGACCAUCCUCGUCAGCUCCGCAGCAUCCGCCUUCGCGCCCGAGGACCCACUCAUCAAGGUCUUUAUCGACAACCUCUUCGACUGCCUCGGCACCGUCACAACCUCCAAGGUCGCCGUCGGAUGCUGUCGCUCUCUCCUCCUUCUGCCCAAGAAAAGCGCGGUCGAGAUGAGCAUCGCAUCCCUCAUCCUCCCGCAAAUCCUCUCUUUCCUCGCAAACCCCUCCGACGUCGAAGGUCUCGAGGAGUCCCGCGCACUUCUCGCUCAGACCCUCGUUACUUUCAUCGCCUCCCUGAAGACGUCGGAGCAGAGACAACUCGCAGCCAAGAUCAUCAUCCCGGCGCUCCUUGCUAGGGUCCAGAAUGAUGCGGCGACGAGCCAGGAAUCGGCGGGCAGGUUAUUGGAGAUUGCACAGGCGGAUCAGGAGGCAUUUAGAGGCGUGGUUACGGGAUUGAGUGCGGAGCAGAGAGACUUCUUGCAGGGUGUGCUGAAGAGCGGGCAGGGGCCGAAAAAGGUCGAAAGGAGGGACGACGAGGGGGAGCCGACCAUUGCGUUGAAGAUGAACUUUGGGUCUUGAGUGGGAACUUGAGACGAGGUGGUAUUGUGGUAGGGGUGCUGUUUAAAAUAUACCCUGUUUUGUGCGCUUGCGUUACGUGUGUCGAGGUCGCGCGUGGAGUAUAGAGUGUCAUCUGUCUCGAAGUUCCUUCGUACUCAUUGCGGUUGCUUUUUUUUUGCUCUUCGAUUACCAUAGACACUCCAAGCAUGGAGGCGGUGACGGACACACGUACUAUGAAGCCCGAUGUCUGAG